CGAAACGUUACGAUUACGCUUACGAGUGAUCGUCUUCAACAAUUUCAAAACGUCUCUCUGUGUUUCUCUUAUGCCUUGGAGCUCCAAUUCCCGAUCCAUUUUCAGACCCCUUCAAUUCCAACCACAACCACAGUCAUCCGAUCCCACCUGAAGAAGCAAACUAUGGCUGCCUAUAGAACGGACGACGAUUACGAUUACCUCUUCAAAGUGGUUCUCAUCGGUGACUCGGGUGUGGGCAAAUCCAAUCUCCUCUCCAGGUUUACGCGCAAUGAGUUCAGUCUCGAGUCCAAAUCCACAAUCGGCGUCGAAUUCGCCACGCGGAGUAUUCGAGUCGAUGAUAAGAUUGUCAAGGCUCAGAUUUGGGACACCGCCGGUCAAGAAAGAUACCGUGCAAUCACAAGUGCAUACUAUCGAGGAGCCGUUGGUGCAUUGCUUGUUUAUGAUGUAACACGACACGUGACGUUCGAAAACGUUGAGAGAUGGUUGAAAGAACUCAGGGAUCACACGGAUUCCAAUAUUGUGAUAAUGCUAGUUGGUAACAAGGCAGACUUGCGACAUCUGCGUGCUGUUUCGACUGAAGAUGCCUCGGCCUUUGCAGAGAAGGAGAACACUUUCUUCAUGGAGACAUCUGCCCUCGAGUCUCUGAAUGUCGAGAGUGCUUUUACCGAAGUGCUAACACAAAUCUAUCGUGUAGUUUGCAGAAAAGCACUCGAGAUUGGGGAGGAUGCCACAACAUUGCCUAAAGGACAAACCAUUAACGUUGGAAACAAGGAUGAUGUUUCUGCAGUGAAGAAAGUUGGUUGCUGCUCUUCAUGAUCAUCAACUAUUUGAAUAUGAGGUACAUCAUCAAAGGAGUGAAUGGAUGAAUUCCUAAUGCUGUCUUGAGUUUCCAAUCCUGCUGGAUUUGCUCGACCAAACAUUUUAGUUUAUGGUCAUUUUGAGCUUCUGGGAGGGUUGGAUUCAUCAUAUUUGGAGUCUUUUGAAAUUGACACUUCUUAAUGUCAAUUCCUUGUACUUCCUAGUCCGAGCUCACUCUCUUAUAUUGUUUUAAGUUUUGUAAUGCCCCAUAGUCUUGAAUUGUAUCAGAUUUCUAGGUAGAGAUAUCUAUUAAACUGAGGGUUGUAUGUAGGUUAAAUGUUCAGUUGUUAAAUGGGAGCAGAAUUUUUUAGUUUCUUCAGUUA